CCCAACGCUCGCCACGUCCCCCUCCCCCUCUUUUUUGGCUCUCUCUGUCUGCCUGGCCGGCGAGCGCACUACACCGAUGUCUACAAAUGGAACCCCAUGAUCGCCGGCCAUGCCAACCAGGGCUUCCCCGACUCCACCGUCGCAUUCUAUUUCUGCAUGCGGGCCACCCGAGCCCCGCCGAACACAUACAACUUCGCCCUCCUUGUGAAGGCUUGCAUCCAUGGUGGUGAUACUAGAAAGCUCAUCGGCUUAGGAAAGGAAGUCCAUGGCCAAAUUCUCAAGUGUGGAGUGGAGGACGUAAUUGUUGUUAAGAAUUCCCUUUUGAAUAUGUACUGCGCUAUGGGCCGCUUGGCAGAGGCUCGCCUUUUGUUUGAUAAGAGCUGGCACUUGGAUUUGAUCUCCUGGAAUACUUUGAUCUCGGCUUAUGGGAAGAAUGGAGAUGUGGUGACUGCAGGGGAUCUGUUUGAAAGAAUGCCUGAGAGAAGUCUGGUUUCUUGGAGUGCCAUGAUUGAUGGGUAUGUGAGGAAUGAGGAUUUCUCCAUGGCCUUGAGGUUGUUUCAUGAGAUGCAGGAUGAGAGGAUGAAGCCUGAUGUGGUGACUUUGGUGAGUGUUUUGAAGGCUUGCACUCGGUUGGGUGUGCUCGAUCAGGGACGCAGGAUCCACCACUACAUUGACAGGAAUGGUCUUGACCUUGCGAGGGAGGGCAAUGUGAUACUUGAGACUGCUCUAGUGGAUAUGUAUCAUAAAUGUGGGUGUAUGGAUGAAGCUUGGAAGGUAUUUGAUGGCGUCCGCGGCGGGGAUGAUGUGUUGUGGAAUGCGAUGAUUGGUGGGCUUGCAAUGCAUGGCCAUGGAGAGCGUGCGCUCCAGCUAUUUGGAAUGAUGAAGGAGAGGGGGAUAAUACCAAAUGAGUCAACGUUCGUUGGAGCUCUAUGUGCUUGCACCCAUGCCGGAAUGGUUGAUGAUGGGAAGAAGAUAUUUGAGUCCAUGAGAUAUUUUUAAA